AUGGAGGAGCUAACUCUCAUUGAUGGCAAUGUUGGUGAAAUGGCAGAGAAGAUGGAUUUCUUCACUUACUUGGAUGAUUUUUAUAUGGCUACUGGGGAAAUCAAGGAGCUGAAGAAUGAGACUACGAAGAAGAUCGCCAAGUUGGAAAUGGAGUUGGCCGAGAUGAAGAAAAAGCAAAGUGGCAUAAGAAUCGGCUUUGAGCUGCAAAUUGUGAUUGCUGCAGCCGUUGUUCUUCUCUUACUCAGCAUUCUUAUUUGCCUUAAGUAA